GAAAAUGCUGAUGAGGAGCCGUGGAUUCCCAAAACUUUGAACACUUGCGUCCUUUUGAAUAAUCGGGAAAGCAGAAAGCAGCAGGAGCAGCACAAACGAUCUAUCUGAGAUAUUAAGAUGAGCACGGACGCAGUGGAGCAGUUGGACGCUCCAGCUGAACAGGCAGAGCGAAAUGGAAUUGACUUCAGUCGACAAAUAAAGACGGAGGACAUCGACUCCCCUCAUUCAACCGCCACGCUGAAGACAUGUCACCUGACUCAGAGCUCUCCAGUUCCUGGAGGUCAGCUGACGGGGGAGCUCACCUCUCUCCACACCAUGCAGCAGCUGGUUCUGAUGCCACCUUCCCACCUGUCGUCUCCGUCCCCCUUCCUGCUCUCCCAGAGUCCCUCCAGUCACCAAGCUCUUCUGCAGCAGAACCUCCUGUCCCUUCCUAGUCAGAGUCAGACUAGUCUCCUCCCACAUCAACCUGGACUGGCUCUGACUCCACAGGCGAUGAGCCGCUCUGGUCUGGCCGGACCUUCUAUGGAGACCCACAUGGACAUGUCCCACCUGCAGAUGCCCAAACACAUGUCAAUACCGGCACAGGAAGAACCCAGUGAUCUGGAGGAACUGGAGCAGUUUGCUAAAGCAUUUAAACAAAGACGCAUCAAACUGGGCUUCACUCAGGGAGAUGUGGGCCUUGCGAUGGGAAAAUUGUACGGCAAUGACUUCAGCCAGACCACAAUCUCUCGCUUCGAGGCACUCAACCUCAGCUUCAAAAACAUGUGCAAACUCAAACCUCUGCUGGAGAAAUGGCUGACCGAUGCAGAAAACUCUCCUUCUGACUCGAUGAGCAACUCGACCUCUCUGCCGCCACUGAUGGAAGGCUACGGACGCAAACGGAAAAAGAGGACGAGCAUCGAAACUAACAUCAAGCAGACUCUGGAGAAACGUUUCCAUGAUAACCCUAAGCCCAACUCCGAGGAGAUAACCCUGAUCUCAGAGCAGCUGUCCAUGGAGAAAGAGGUGGUUCGAGUCUGGUUCUGUAACCGUCGUCAGAAGGAGAAGAGGAUCUACUGCCCAGUGACCAGUUUACCCGUCAAAUCUCACAGCUACAACUCCAGAAUGGCCUCAGCAUCCAGAUCCUACAGCCCUCUGGCUUCAGGCGGAGUUUCAUCAAAUUCCUCCCCAAACAGUGUGAGUCGUGAAGCUUCUCCCAACAAUCUGUCUGCAGCCACGGCCUCUCUAACAUCUCAGGUCAACCCAGCAUCCUACAGCACACCAGGGUCCUGGUAUCGCACAUGGAAUCCUGCCACAUAUCACCACUGAGAAACACAAACUGUAUCAUAUGAAGCUUUUUAGGAUCGUUGUGUCUGGGAGGAAUGUACAGUGAAGACAGAGCAGCCCUGUUGUGAACGGGGUUACGACUACAGGCCAAACCUGAAAUGGACACCAGACAAAGCAGAGGACUGUCACAACACACUGCUGUCAACACUCAAUUCAUCGCUCAUGCAAGUCCCAACAGCCUCCAGCUGUUUGAUUUGUGCUCAUGUGACUCUUUAUUCUGCUGCAAAGACGAAGAAGGCAACGGAAAACACAAAGUUGAGAAACACUGGUGGGAAAUCUGGUGCUGAAGCCUGUUUGAUUGUGGCUUUAACUGCCAGGACUCAAAUGAAUUAUCUGAAUGUUGACUCACUGAGAUGUUCCUUUUGCCUUAUUUAUGCUGGGUGACAAAGAACCCCAACUGUUGCUGGUAUUGCAUAUUUUUAUGUUCUUAUUAUAGUUGGUGUUGUGUUAGCAAAUUUGAAGCGAUCCUUCAGUGCCCACUGCAGGCCUGUCUAAAUAAAUAUGCAGUCAAAACAUGGGGAUUUAGGGAUUUUCAUUUACAGUUUAAUGAUUGGUGAAAAAAGGCUUAUAUAUACACACUAAUGUUUUAGAGUUUGGGGUUACUUAGAAAUGUCCUUAUAUUUAAAAGAGAGCAGUUUUUUCAAUGAAGAUAACAUUAAAUGAAUGAUAAAUCCAGUGCAGACAGAGUUAAUGUGGUAAAUGACUAUUCUAGCUGGAAACAGCUGAUUUUUAAUGGAAUAUCUCCAUAGAGGUACAGAGGAACAUUUCCAGCAACCAUCACUCCUGUGUUCUAAUGCUACAUUGCGUUAGCUAAUGGUGUUGAAAGGCUAACUGAUGAUUAGAAAACCCUUGUGCAGUUAUGUUAGCACAUGGAGAAAAGUGGGAGUUUUCAUGGAAAACAUGGGAUUGUCUGGGUGACCCCAAACUUUUGAACAGUAGUGUGCAUAUAUAUAUAUAGAGAGAGAUAGAGAAAGAGUGAUAGUUGCUCAUUCACUGGCACUAUUACCGACAAUUUGAUAAAUUUUAGUUCUUACAACAUGGUUCUUACAAGUUAUAACACUUGUGUUUCUAAGCAGUGAGAUAUUACAAUAAAAGAGGCCAAAAGGCAUCAUUAUACAUUCAGAUUUAGAGGGAAAACUCAGUGGGAAUGCACCUAAAAUGCUCCAAAACACAUCAGAAUUUUAAAUAAGUAGUACAAUAGACUUUAUUUCUCUCCUUUAAAUAGGUUUAUCUAAGCUGGAGGUUCAUCAGAUUGCAUGUUUCUUGACCUAUUGGACUCCUUUUAGUGAUGAGAAGAACACGACAAAUACUAUUUCAUCAGGAAUCAUGAAUACAACUUUGCAAUAUAAAUUGAAUUUGUACACUUUCCGUUCAUUUCUGACAAAGUCUGAACUAAACCUUGUGAUGACGGAUAUGUAGCUGCUUAUUGUCAUUCAAAUUUAGUUGCCCAGUCUUUUCUUUCCCAGUGUUGACUGUUAAACAGUCAUAACAGCCUCCUCCAGGUUUUAUCCCGCUAUCGCUCUUUCUCUUCUGCCUCUUUUGUGUGUCUUUCCAGCUUUGCAGUGGUGAUGAAUUCCACGGACGAUGAUAACAGUAGUUCUUAAAACAGACGUAGCUGUUUGAAGAACGGCUUACUGCAGUUUAUUGUGAAUUCUUCCAACUUUGAGACUGAAAAAGGUUUAAUUUUAUGCAAAUUGUUUCCUAUGAGCUGCUGCAAAGAAGUGGGCACAACCAAUCCUGCUUGUUUUUGCAUAAAAGUACUUGAAACAAAUGAGAGACAAAAUGAAAAAUAAAUGGUUUCCACAUUUGGCAUAACUUUAACAAGAACAUAUGGACUCAGUAACUGAGAAAAUAGCUGAUUAACCCUCGUGUCGUCCUGCAGGUCAAAACUGACUCGUUUUAAAGCUUGAAAAUGUGGGGAAAAAAAUAUUUUCACAGUGAAACUUCUGGUGUCCACAUUUUCAACAUUUUUGGGAAAUCCUUGAACAUUUUUUGGUGGAAAAAAGAAAUGUUAAAAAUGUUUCUUAAGAACAUUCACAACAAAAAUCAACCAAAAUCCAGCGUAUUUCGCUGGAUUUUGGUAGAUUUUUAUGUGAAUGUUCUUAAAGAAAAUAGAAGUUUUACUGAUAUAAAUGGAAUCAUUUUAGAUAUUUUUAGGAUUUUUUUGAAGAGUUUUACUCAUUUUUUGAAAAUAUUUACAAGAAUUUUCUUGCCAAAUUAGGGUGAUUUUUUUUUUAAAAAUAAAACUUUUAACAGAAACUUUUAAGGAAUUAUUGGAAUUUUCUUCCUGAAGGUUUUGCAAAUUUUCAGAAAUUUGUGGAUUUUUUUUGCUGAAUUUUUGGAUUUUUUUUCAGACAAGGAAACAAUAUUUUUUGGUGCCCCUAAAUGAAGACAACAAGAGGGUUAAUCAUAGCAGAGGAUACAACAAUUCUAAAUAAUCUCUGCAUAAAGUUUCAAAAAUCAAACGUAACUCUGAAGUUUAGUUGUCCUAUUGCACUUGUUUGAAACGCGCUGAGGCUUUUCUUCCAGGAAAUGCAAUAAAUUCUGCAGUUACGGUUGUAAUCUGAAUGCUUAAACGUGGCUGUAAAAUGUCAGAUAAUUCAAAUUUCGGCGAUCGUAGUCCAUGCAUGUGAGGAGAACGGUUUUCUGUCAGGUCUACCAAGGCAGCCAGGUUAAUGAAUAAAACAACAAAUCCUACAAAAAGAACUGAAACUAAAACUGUGUGGCUCACCUUUAAAAAAUGUCCAGCAGCUUCCUAAAACAGCUGCAGACUGCAGUUUUUAGCAGGCAUUUCUCAAACAGGAGUAAACGGUACAUUUCCUGGGGACUACUUUCAGCUGCGGAUGAAUACACAUUGUUUGUCCCGACAGUUUUCAGAUGAUGGUGAAGCUCUGUGGCUGUUGUUCGGUUUCAUAUUGACACUAUUUCAGUCGUACUCUGGUUUUAGUCUGACCACUCUUGUUGGGUUGUUUAAUAUCCCUUUUUAAAGCUUAAUUUCUAUUCUGAGUGUCUAUUGUAUAUUUUAUUUCAUUAAAAGAAGAUGUUUUGCUGUGGUUCAAACCUCUGUCUUCAUCCAUUGAAUAAACCAACCACUAACUAUGUUCUAUAGAGUUAGAGACAUUUUUACUGAUAUAACUGAAGAUAGUCUCAGGGAUCAUUUGACUUUACCUCCUGGAAAUCUCAAUACCUUUGAUUUUCUGUCAUUAAACAGAGGAUGACAAUGUGUGUCAUGGGUUUGACUUUCUUCCCUUUUAAACAUAAAAAAAUCCAGCUGUUGUGCUGUUUUGUUUUUUUUUUUUGUUAAUUUAAACAUGAAAAGCUCACAUACACAUUUCUAGCUUCAAAAUCUGCACCUAAUUCAGCCUCUUCUCUCUGGAAAUAUUGUCUUGAAUAAAUCCUGUUAUAGG